GGGGCUGGCGUCAGAGGCCCUGUAGAAAAGGUGCAGUUGUGAUUGCACACAGAACUGCAGAGCAGGAAUAAAGAAGGGAGCUUCUCACUUUAAGGGAUUACAGCAAGUCCAUGCAGUAGAGGACCCUCCUCCCCCAUUACUCACAUAGCCCUGCCUGCAGGAACGAAAAAACUUAUCACAACAACCUAGAAGAUCUACAGCACCCAUCAUAUUAGAAGUUUGAUGCUGGCAAUCAUGUCUCCUAAUUUUCUUCUUUUUUUUAAAUGCCCAUUCUGAAUUUUGACAGCUGAUCUCCAAAGGACUGUGGGCAUUCAUUCACUGACUUGUCUCUGGAGUGAAGUGCAAGUUAUUUUAUACAUGCCAAACAACGAAAGAGGCCUUGAAACCUUAUUUUUUGGUAUCUAGAAGGCUUGUCGCUUCCACCCAAGGUGUCUUCAGCUUGCCUUCUCCUAAUCUUGCCAGCGCAUAGAGUUAAAGGGACAUUUCAUUUAGGGAUCGACUCCACCGACCACCUGAAGAUGCAAAGAUUUGCCCUUCAAGACUGACUCCUAACAGUGCUGCUAUUUCUGGGGGCACAUCACAUGACAUUCCCAAGACAGGAGGGCUCAGGACUCUUUGACUUGUUUUGAUAUUAAUAUAUAUAUAUAUAUUAAUUACCCCAUCUGGUUAAGCCUAUUUACUGGAAAAGAAGCCCGACCUCCUUUGUUGGCCUGGACAUUCGGUGCAUGGCUUAGGACUCCAGUGUAUGGAAUUAGGCUACCAAAGCAUCUGUAAAGAUUCCCACGCGUGUCAUUUCCACGCUCCAGAGAUGCUUUUCCACAGCCUAUCAGGGGGGGAGAUGCAUGGGGUCAUCGAUGAGAUGGACAGAAGAACCAAGAACGAAGUCGCUGCUAUCAGCUCUGCCAUUGAUAGAGGGGAAACUGAGACGAUUAUGCCAUCCAUCAGCAGUGACCGGGCUGCACUUUGUGCUGGGUGUGGAGGGAAGAUUUCAGACCGGUACUACCUCUUGGCAGUUGACAAACAAUGGCACAUGCGUUGCCUAAAGUGCUGUGAAUGUAAAUUAAACCUGGAGUCGGAGCUUACCUGCUUUAGCAAAGAUGGAAGUAUAUACUGCAAGGAGGACUAUUACAGGCGGUUUUCAGUCCAGAGAUGCGCCAGAUGCCACUUGGGAAUCUCUGCCUCUGAGAUGGUAAUGAGAGCCAGGGACUUAGUGUAUCACCUCAACUGCUUUACCUGCAACACUUGCAACAAGAUGCUCACCACUGGGGACCAUUUUGGGAUGAAGGACAAUUUAGUAUACUGCCGGCUCCACUUUGAGACUUUGAUACAGGGAGAAUACCAAGUUCAUUUCGGUCACUCGGAUGUAGCAUCAGGGAAGGGCUCAGUGGCUACCUCUUUGGGGCUGCCUUACUACAAUGGCGUGGGAACUGUCCAGAAAGGGAGACCAAGAAAGAGAAAAAGUCCAGGUUCUGGGGCGGAUCUAGCUGCCUACAACGCAGCUCUAAGCUGCAAUGAAAAUGAUGGAGACCAUAUGGAUAGAGACCAGCAGUACACGCCCAAUCAGAAAACCAAAAGAAUGAGGACCUCCUUCAAACACCAUCAGCUACGAACAAUGAAGUCCUACUUUGCUAUCAACCACAAUCCAGAUGCCAAGGACUUAAAGCAGUUAGCUCAGAAGACAGGUUUAACCAAAAGGGUUUUGCAGGUAUGGUUUCAGAAUGCACGAGCCAAAUUUAGACGUAAUAUUUUACGACAAGAGAGCAACGGAGUGGACAAAACAUCUGAUUCCACACUUCAAGCUGGAACUCCAUCAGGGCCAGCGUCUGAAAUUUCCAAUGCCUCCAUGAGUCCAUCUAGCACCCCAACAACAUUAACAGACCUGACUAACCCUACCAUGCCAACUGUGACCUCUGUAUUGACAUCGGUGCCUGGCAGCUUGGACAUACACGAGUCUCGAAGCCCCCCACAGACAACUCUGACAAAUCUCUUCUGAUGACUCUUUGAAAAAUUUCUUUAUGAAAGAAAUUAUUUUUAGUCAGUUUCCAAGUGUAUUUUAAUAGAAACUUUGUUCAAUGACUUUUACAUUGUUGGGGACAGUCUUGUUGAAAGCUUGUUGUACUGUUGUUGCCACGAGCUGAGGGACAGCUUGGAAGAUGUAUUUGCAGCACAAUAUUUGUGUAACUGUACAGAACCGUGGACUCAACAAAGGAAAGAACCAUUAAUUUAAGUUGGCUGAAUCUUCUGUAUUCUCAAAGACUGUUACGUGCCUUAUAUACUGUCCUAUGAGCAUACAUUUUCUCUGUAUAUUUAUGACCAGAACAAAAUUGUUACAAGUCUGUUAUUUUCAUAAUAGUCCUAAAAAAACCCAGGUUGUUGGUUUUCACAUUUUUGAAUGGAGCCUUUCCUCUACAACGGUAAUGGAAAAUUUGAGCCGUAAUUGGUCAAUGACAGACAUAGCCUACUAAAGUUUCCACUGGUAUUUUGACCCAGGAUUAGUUAACGGGCUCUGCAUUAGUCCAGAGGCUAUAAUUUAUGUGAUUGUGAUAUUUCUCUCUGUUUUUUUGUAACUAUAUCCCUUUAGAUGAGUGCAUACAGAUAUUUCAACCAACAGAGUGGCCCAUUUUGGUCUUGACUUGGUCUCUAGUUUCAUUUGUUUCAAAACCAUUUAGCGCUUCUUGGGCAUUUUCCCUGGGCAGAUGAAGAACAAAGUAUUAUAAUAAUAAUGUUGCUCCAUUCAUCAGAAAUUCUUUCAUUGGCUGAUGACCAAGCAACCUUUCCAUCUACCAAUGAUGGCGAUUAGAAGCAGAGACAAUACAUACUAAGAAGGAACUUUCCAGGCUUUAUCUUUCACUGUGAAAACCGAUCAAUAAUUGGAGUACAGUUAUAUUUGCUGGCACUCUGAAAUAUCAAAACAAGCUACCAGUUUAUUUACAUUUCCAGUAUUAUUUCUUUAACAAAAAAAUUCAAAAUUGGGUCUGAAAAAUUGGAAUUUUUAACGUAUGUGCAUAAAGGUUUUUAAUGGCUUGUUUUAACAGAAAACAUAGUGGGGGAUUAGUGGGUGGCACCAGCGACCCCUUGCUUGCUAAAGACUAAAGCACUGUAACCUUUUGAUUGUCCAGAUUGCAUCUGAUACCUUUAGAAAUACAUGAUUGAGAUAACACAGGAGUAGCUUGUAUAUUUUGAUGUUUUGAUAAAAAACAAGACAGGGAUCCAAAUAAUGGUCUUCAAUUUCUGCAUAUACAUACCAAAUUUGCACUUAAGAAAUAUUGUUAGUGUUGAGGAAAAAGCUGUAUGCAGAAGAGAAGAUUCAGAGAGGCACGUCCCCACACUCUACUAGAGAAAAAUAUCCUGCCUUGUGCCACAUCUGCCUGAGAUAUUACGGCGUAUGCUGCAGACCACUCUGAUUUUGAGAGAGUUGCCGAAGGUAUUUAGAAUUUGCAUCCUUUAUGACUAAAUGCAUAUUUAGUUUAGUUUUUAAUUUAUAACAUUGAUAAAUUCACCCCUUUCCCAAACAACCUUUGUAAAAAUGAAUGGCCUUUGUGUAUUUGUUUUUUUUUUUUGUAAUGUUUUUGUUUGGUCUUUAAAAGGUAAAAAGCAGGUAUGAAAAUGAUUAUACUAAUAAAAAGCUGCUUCUUUUUAUCGGUUUUGGGCCCGUUCCAUUCCUUAGAACAGGGAUGUCCAAUCUACCAUCCUCCAAUUGAUCUUGAACUAAAAUUCACAGAUAAGGCUGGGAGUUGUGGUUUAACCAAAACUGGUUGAACUACUACAAUUUCCGGCAUCCUUAAUAUACUGGGAGUUGUGGUACAAUAUCAGUUGAAAGGCCACAGGUUGGAUAUCCUUGCUUUUGAAAAUUGUGAUAAUUUUAUUUUCCUCUUUGUAAUGUUGGAUAAGUUCAGAAUGAUUCUAAGAUGUGGUUGCCGCUUUUGGAUGGAUAAUUUUACCUCAAUAAUGCUUACUUUUUAAGAUGAAGUAUGCUUUUUUCCUUCUUGUUUAAUACAGAAACAUUAGUGUUCUUGAUAUGAAGAAUAAAUUUUGGCCGUGACACAAGGAA